AUGGACCAGUUCGAUGAUCCUGCUGUCGCCUCCUUCUCGCUCACCCACGUUCGCUACAAUCCCAACGACCCCUUAUCAUACCUCUCCGCAUGGCUUGCUUUGGUCCCACAAGGUCUCUGUAUCGUCUAUGUGACCUUGAUAUGGGCUUCGCGGGAAGUCGAAGUGUCUCUUAUGUUUGCGGGUCAAAUGGCGUGUGAAGCUCUCAAUUUCGGGCUCAAACGGUUGAUCCGCGAAGAAAGACCGCGACAAAUGUACGGGAAGGGCUAUGGCAUGCCGUCUUCACAUUCGCAAUUCGCCGCAUUCUUUGCUGUCUCAGUCAGUUUGUUCUUGCUCUUCCGGCACGUGCCUACACCCUCGACCAGUUAUUCGCCCUCGACAUUGUCCGAACGACUCCUCCUCUCAUUCCUCGCGUGUGUGGGUGCUGGAGCGGUGGCGGCCAGUCGGGUCUACCUGAACUACCACACGCCCAGGCAAGUCUGUGUGGGCGCGGCUGCCGGGGUCAUCUUUGCCAUCGUGUGGUUUCUGUUCACGACUUAUUUGCGUCGAUAUGGCUGGGUAGACUGGGCCCUGGAUACGUCCUUGUCGCGCCACCUCCGGUUUAGGGAUUUGAUCACCACGGAAGAUCUUCAAGAUGCUGGUUGGGGGAGAUGGGAGUCACGGCGAAAAGCGAGGCGGGGGAUCAAGGCGAAUGACACGGCCACGGGCAAGAAGGGCAGAUGA